GUCAUUCAAGCGUGUCGCUCGAAAGUUUCAAUUUGUUUGUUAGAGCUCUGCCACUAAGCCUCAGAAGUGCCUAUCAUUUGCUCACGCACUCUUUUUCCGUCUCGACGACAUGUCCUUGAAUAAAAUGCUAGAUGUUCAGCUACAGCUGAAGUUCACCGCUAAGCAAUUCGCUAAGAAUUCCGCCCGAUGCGAAAAGGAGCAGAAAGCAGAGAUGAACCGAUGCCGGAAGGCUAUGGAGAAGAACAACCUCGACGGGGCCCGCAUCUAUGCCGAGAACUGCAUUCGAAAGAGAAACGAGGCGCUGAAUAAUCUGCGCCUUGCGGCCCGCAUCGACGCGGUCGUCUCGCGCUUGGAUACGGCAAUCAAGACGAAGAUGGUGACGAAGAACAUGGGGCAGAUGGUGCAUGGAAUGGAUCAGAUGCUGCAGUCGAUGGACCCUGCCAAGAUCGGCCACCUCAUGGAAAGCUUUGAAAAGCAGUUCGAGACGAUGGACGUGACGUCGGCUUACAUGCAGGAGGCGAUCGGGCAGAGCGUCGCGACGACGGCGCCGGAGGAUGAGGUGAGCCAGCUCAUGGCGCAGGUCGCCGACGCCCACGGGCUCGACCUCAAGGCUAACCUUGACGAUAAACUCCGUAUUAACGAUACGAAGCUGAGCACGCCGGCCGUGGCGGAGUCCCUCCCGGAUAAAGAGCUUGUGGAUCUGGAAGAACAGUUCGCGCGGCUGCGCGGGCGUUGA